CCACCCCCCCGCCGGGCCCCAUUUCAAAAGUAAAGCGGAUUAAAAAAGAACUGAAGAAGAUCAAAACUGGAUUAAAAAGCAAAGCGAGAGUGGCAGGCUCGAUCAUGGAAGGCCAAGUCGGAAAAUCUUGAUUUUGCUGCAAUGUACGGUCCAAAUAGCUGUUUGUAUAUUGACACGAUCAGGGCUUCACAACAGUGGAAUACCGGUCGUCCGUUUUUAUUGGGUGGUUUGUUUCUCAACGACCAAACACUGCCUUCCUCGUUCGUUUCCUUCAUUUCAUUGAAGGCCCAGAAAUGUCCUGUUGAUAAAGAUGACAAUCUGUGCUUUUUGGGUGGGGGGAAGAGUACUAAAACGCUGCGUUUUGUGAAGUCAAGGAGAGAUGGUAGGGGCAGACUGGGCUGGUUUUUAUCGGUGAGUUUAUCGAGUGAGGAGGGUUAUGUUGGAGAAUCAGGAGAAAGUUGGGGUCAAAACGGGGAUAAGAAUUUGGAAGAAGUGGAAAUGGUGGAAGGGGAGAAAGAAAAGAAGGGAUCAGGGGCUUUAAAUACCACCAAACAUCUUUGGGCUGGUGCUGUUGCUGCUAUGGUUUCAAGGACUUUGAUUGCUCCUCUGGAGAGAUUGAAGUUAGAGUACAUUCUUCGUGGUGAAAAGAAACAUUUCAUUGAACUAAUUAAAUCCAUUGCAGUCUCUGAAGGGUUGAUAGGUUUUUGGAAAGGGAAUUUUGUCAAUAUACUUCGCACGGCUCCUUUCAAGGCUAUCAACUUUUAUGCUUAUGAUACAUAUAGAAAUCAACAACUGAAAUUAUCUGGAAAAGAAGAAGCCUCAAAUUUCGAGAGGUUUCUUGCUGGUGCUGCUGCUGGGAUUACUGCUACUUUGCUUUGCUUACCAUUGGACACUAUAAGGACAGUAAUGGUAGCUCCAGGCGGGGAAGCGCUGGGUGGUUUGUUUGGAACUUUUCGUCACAUGGUUCAAACUGAAGGGUUCUUUUCUCUUUAUAAGGGACUAGUGCCCACGAUUAUAAGUAUGGCACCUUCAGGUGCAGUCUUCUAUGGCGUUUAUGAUAUGUUGAAGUCAGCCUAUCUUCAUUCACCUAAGGGGAGAAAAAGAAUUCAAGACAUGAAGCGAGGUGUUCAGGAACUGAAUGCAUUUGAGCAAUUAGAGUUAGGUCCUAUUAGAACAUUAUUAUACGGGGCAAUUGCUGGUGCAUGUUCUGAGGCUGCUACAUAUCCAUUCGAAGUUGUGAGAAGGCAUCUCCAAAUGCAAGUCCGUGCGACUAAGUUAAGUGCAUUCGCGACUUGUGUGAAGAUAGUUGAGGAAGGUGGUGGAAUGCAUGCUCUUUAUGCAGGACUCAUUCCCAGCAUAUUGCAGGUGUUACCAUCAGCAGCCAUAAGUUACUUGGUUUACGAGUUUAUGAAGAUAGUUCUAAAGGUGGAGUCGGCAUAGAACAUUAUAUCCUUUUAUUGAAAUUCUAAGAGGAGCCUUGUCAACUUCAAAUUUACCAAAUAACAUGUGGACAAUCAUGAUCCUCGUUUAAUGCAGUUAUUUCAGUUGA